AUGCCGCCCCGUGGGUCCGCUGGUGGUUCCUCCGUGGCGUCCGUCAUAGAUGGAGUCAAUACUUACAUACAAGCCGGACCGGGAGGCCUCAGCGUGCUGUGCUUCUUCUACCCAGUGCAAAUACUGACAGGGUGACUCAGAAGUCUGGAUUAGAAUGAUCGCAGCAAAAUUUUAUCACGGAGGAUUAGCACGAGCGGCUAGUAUUCUUUUUAUUACGGCAGGAAAUCGUCAAAAGAGAGGUUAUGAUUUUAUUUAGUUUUCGGGGUGGUUUUGUAUGUAAAGGUACUCUCCAAGUAGUCUGCUGGAGGAAAAUAAUUGCCAACAUGCUACAAAUCUAAUAAAUGCGUGGUGUUUCCUCGUGUGUGUGUGUGGAAACGCGGAUACAACUUUGCGCAAAGCAUGCUAAGUAUGGAGUUUGAAGGGAAUCAAUUGAUGGUGAUUGGAUGUUUGUGCCAGCUAGACGGCAGCAUUCGUUUGAACCCAGGGUGCUGCAUACUGGUUAAUAUUUGCACAUUGCAUAUCCGCAUAGGAAUCGCCACGAUGGUCGUGGGUGUAAUGGGAGUGCUCGAGGAAGUUAUGGACCUGUCUCUGUUCAUAUGCGACGCAACUAUACAACCGCCUCUGCCCCUUCGAAUCUUCAUGACAGCUGGUGAGCAGCAAAAAGAUACCCGUGCGAUACUCAUGUCACAUUUUAGACGUGUAGUGAAGAUCCAGGACACGAGUGUCUAUGCAAGCUAGGUGCAGGCGCAUGAAAAGCGAGAAGCAUGUAGUAUCGACUUCAUUUUCCCUCUUUAUGCAGCGAUGGAGGGCCCUCACCCUCCUCAUGUGCGCGAGCUCUUCAUACCAUACAUGUGUGGGUUUUCGGGCGUAGUUUCACUGCAUAGGUCAGCGACCCGUUCGACUUCGUACAAUCUCUUCAGCUGUCAAAUGUCAAUCUUCUGUACCUCCAUCCAAACUACAGACUGAUUUAUUUCGAAAAACCAGAUGAAGAAGUCAGGCCUUUUGUUAAGGUCGUAUGAUGAUCUCUGUUAGCUGGAGGACGGAAGGUCCUCGAGGGACCUCGUUUUGAAUUUUUUAAGAAAAAAUCUAACUCCCAAUUGAUGGCGCUUUCUGCAAAAACAAAAACACUUAUCCAUAUAGACUCUGCACCUCUAUCUGUGUUUCUUCGGGUUUACUGCGGUGCUGCUAGAGUCGGAUGCGGAACAUAUUGAACUGAAAAGUUGUUGUGCCGCUGCGCCGCCAUCACGGGGAAAUGUUUGCAUUACAGCGCUCUGUGGGGAAGGUCUUUUAUGCACCACCGACACAAUUACUUGUCAUUGUCAACCACGAAUUUAGCCGAAAUAAUGAUGAAUCUGUGUAGUUGCACACUAGAGACGAUGUUGCACGAGUAAAGAGGCGCGCCACGCCGAGAUGCGCCGUUCCUCCAUGGAAGCAUAAGGCUUCUUUGGGCGUGGGCCCGAAAGGGAGUCUUUGCACGACACGAACGUGUGUGCCGUUUUGAAGCGGGGCACUUUUCAUUCUGAUAAAGCGAAUCAAGGACGUCCCCGUCGUCGGUCCCCUUUCCGUGCAUUUACACGCCUAUCAAAAAUUCGUCAACGAGUACGCGCACUUCCUCACGCACAUACGCGGACGGGGCGGUUAUCCUGUGCAGAAACAUCCCCGCCCCGGAGUCAGGUCGGGAAUUCUGCAACACAAAUGAAGAAGUUUUUCUCUGUAUUGUAGUGCAGGUUACCUCGAGCUCCAAGAACAGCCGCAUCACAAAGCCGCCAGCUAAUCCUGUUUACAGCAGUACAAAGCGCCAGAAGACGAAUGGAAAUGCCUCCGAGGCGCAUGCGCAUUACAAGCGUUCCUGUAAUUGCAGAUCUACAUGACGAUUUUGGUUGACAGCUAUUUGCGGCCAUGGGCACAGGGGGAGGCAAAGAGUGUCGCGCUUCUGUUUAGCAUGACGAUGGUGCGGGGUUGGGGAAGUUUUUGCUCAGGAUCGCGGUUUCUACAUAUUCAUCGGCACCUUUUGUUACGUCGAGCGGAAAACAAGGCUGCUCUUGCACUAGUAGUGCAGUUGUCCUCGGAAGGCGACCUAAAUCAAUGCGUAAACUAGGUACUUGCAGCAGGAGUUCAGUCUUAUGCCACUGGAGGGCUUCUGCAAUGAGACAGGCUCCUGCGAGGACGUGGGGUAGAUUGUAUGAUCCAUGGUAGCACGUUACAGAAUGACCACCUGUGCACCACAAUUUCCCAUCCUGAUGCAGAUUGAAAUUGGCAUUCCGUUCGUUAUCCGAGACUACAGCUACUGCUUACAUUGGCACCACACGUUUUCAUUUCAUAUCUGCAUCACUGAGUGCAUACUCUGCCCGCUCUUCCUGGUAAAAGUAGUCUUUUUUGCCUACAAAAGCUUCUCUUCGUGCCGAAUGAAAUGUGAUGAUGAAAGAGAUGCUGGCUCGCAGAUUUCUCGUGCUUGCGCUUUACCAUUCAGCUGCAUAUUCGCCAUGCAAGCGCUGCUGCGUCGAGAUCAGGAUCGAUUAUGCUGGCAAAACUUUACACAAAAAGAUUCGCCCCAGUGCCAGUGUAUCAUAUCAGAUAUUCCGAUAUUGGCUUCUGCACGCGCAAAGAAAUCCAGACUACAAGAAAAUAUUGAAACCUGCAGGUCGGCGCUGCAAACGGAGCGGUUGGAGUAUUGCUCAUGUUGCUGUCGUUUGGAUACAAACCAGAUCUCAGCUCACAGAACGUACUGUCGAAAGUCUGAACAGAAGUUCCAUAGUUGGGUGGUCGGCUGGUCAUCUAUACUUACAUGUGCAGUUGUAAAUAAAGCUUUCAUCAGGUGCUGGAUGAUUAAAAUAUCAAGCCCUGUUCUACCUCCGGGGGCACGACAGAAUUAGCUAGUUGAUGCUCCUGCCCGAGGCGGUACAGCACUUCUAAGUGUGUAACUAGGCAGGCGCCCACACAAUUGCUG